UUGAGGCAAAGUAUGCAAACACCAGAGAAGGAGAGGAACGACUUUCCUCUCUCUUGGGUAUCUCUCUCAAUAACAGAAAAAGAAUAUUCAAGAAUUUUCACUGAUCAAUCAAUACUAUAUAAAUAAAACCCUUUUUCUUUUAUUUCUGCUCCUCCUUGUUCCUGAAGGUGUUUGCCUCUCCUUGAGGCACCAAAGUUUUCUUUCUUCUUCUUCUUCUUCUUCUCAUCUCUCCAUUUUCGUGAUUAUUAUGAGCAAUAUCCGUGCGAAUUCAUCUCCUGAAUUACUCCGUCCAUCAGCUCCUAUCAUUUGCCACGAAGAUCACGCUUUAGAAGGUGUUGCAACAAAUAUAAAGCUGCUACUGAAACUAUUCCAAGAUCAUAAUGAGGUGGGUCAUAAAGAUGAUGGCCGGAGAAUGCAAAGAGUUGCAGGGAUGAUGUCCAUCCUUGAUGAUAUUAAACAUCGGAUCCAGAAAUCUGAGUCUUUUGGAAAGAAAAGGGCAGCUGAAUUGCGGCGGUGCAGUACUGACAUUCGCCGGAACGAGACUCAUGAGUUCAAGUCUAACCAUAUACCAAAGGAUCACAAGAGGCAAGCACCACCGGAACCGAUAACCAACGAGGAACAAAAGCUAAGGAAAGAGCUCAAUGCAAGCUUGGCAGCUCGAAAGAGCCUUGAAAUGAUGUUCUCAAGCUUGGGGAAGGAGAAAGAGAUCAUUGCUGCUGAAUUAGCUAGAAAGGUUCAAGAAUUGAAUGAUACUGAAGAACACCUUAAUGAUGUUAAAGCACAGAAUGAGAAGUUGUUAGCAAAGGUGAAGUUUUGUGCUACCGAACAUAAGGAGAGAAGUAGUGAAGCUCUCCAAGAGAGAAACAAAAUGCUUUCAGAGAAACUCCUCAAGUCCCUUGAUGGGUAUCGAUCAUUGAAGAGGAAAUUAAAGGAUGCACAAGAGGAGAAUACAACAAUUUAUACAAAGAUGGCUGAGAUGGGUGGAGAUGUUAGAGCUGGGCUUAAGAAGAUUCAUGAGUUUCAAGAGAGGAUCUCUGAAGAGAAGGAAGAAGCAAUGGAGAUUGAGGAGGAGGUAUCUGCAUUGGAACAUAUGUUACAAUGUUUUGAGUUGAAGAUUUCAAACGAUAAUUGGGAGAAGAGAAGGGAAUGUGUUAAACCGAAAGCCGAAAUUAAUGUCGGAAAUCCUUCAGUCGUUCUUGCCUGAGCAAGCGGUGUGAAAAUCGUCUGCAGCCACUGCACCGCUGCAGUGAACAUCGGGUGGCUGAGAGUUCCUUGGAGUAUUGCCCUGAUUCUCUCAGCCGUUCGAUACUUAUCGCACCUCACCACUGCAGAGGAUGUGGAUUCGAACAAGCGAGCAAGGAGCUGUAGUGAUUCUAGUAUAGUGCAUUAUCUCCCAUGUGCCUUGUUAUCCCGGAUCAGGAUUUCUUGUUUGAUCCGUCAAGGCCAAACAAAACACAAUAGUUUUGCUGUUUGGGAGUACUAUUAUUUGUAAUGUAUCGAAUUAACAGUUUAACCUAUAUGGUUUUACUUUUCUCUCUCU